CAGCAAGAUGGCUGCAUUGCUGCGCGCAAUAGUGGCAUCCUGGUGAAAUGACGCAAGCCACAGUUUACGUUCAGUCCUUCAGGCUGUAAGCUCUCCGGUAUUCAUAGCGCAGAUCCCACCCGACUCUCAGCCGGAAGACCGACCGGCUAUCCUCCAGUGGACCGAGCGCACCCGGUUCAUUUGAGUGAGAGUGCGAUGAGGAGAGGUUUCAGAGUGUGAGGCCAUGGGCUGCACCUCGGCCAAGCAGGUGUCGGCCGUGCCCAACGAUGAGGAGGGACGCGGCAAGGCCUACAGCAACGGCGACCUCUUCAGUGACGAAUACAAGAUGAAGGGCGUGGAGGAGGUGAAGUACAUGAGAGGGGAUGAAAACCGGGUGAACGCUCGCAACCAGGAGAACCUGGAGAAAAGUAAUGUGCAGUACAGAGGCAAACCGCAGAAGGAGGUUUCUUCAGCAAACAUCAAAUCAAAUAUUCACACGUCAGAGAGCCAGCAGGAAUUUUUCAGGAUGCUGGAUGAAAAGAUUGAGAAGGGGCAGGACUUCUGUUCGGUGGAGAAGGAGGAACAUGGGACAUAGCAAAGAGGGCCCCCAAGGUCCACCCCAACAGAGCCUCCCAGUGCGUGUGUGUGUGUGUGUGAUAUAUAUGCGUGCUCGUGUGCCUGAGAGAGUUGAAUCAGUGGUUAACCAAUGGGGCGUUGAUAUGAUGGGACAAAGUAUGUGUUGGUUAAGCAUGUGUGUUUUUGGACGUAUGGCAAAGAUAGUAUUUUAAUGGAAAGUGAAAGAGUGGGGAAUAAAUGUGAGAAAGAGAAAGAGAGAUAUAUGGAUACUGGAAGACUUUUCCGGAGAGUCUACAGCCCUCCUCAGACCCUCAGGCCCCCAACAGAUGGAUGAAAGGUGAAGAUGGAGGACGAUGUGACAGGAAGAAUAAUUUCCACAAGCAGGACAAGAGAAUCCCUCUAUCUGACCCUUCGUAUCUGUCCGUCUGUACCCCCGCGGUUCGAUCCUGAACAUUUAACUCUUGCAAACGGACAAAGGUACUCCCAAAAUGGAAGCCCAGAGAGGACAAAUGUCUUUGGUGGGUGCGUGCUGGACUGAGAGACUCACAAGUGAAGAGGAGAGGAAGCGCUGGCAGGAAAAGAUGGCAAAGCCAGAGGAGUUACGUAACACCGCCGGGAUCCAUACUGAACUUUUACGGCCUGCCUACUUCCAGCCAGGCCGGCCAUGAGGGACUGAGAGAAUGGACGAGGGCGUCUGAGGGAUGAAAGAGUGAAAAAGCGAUAUUUUAAUAAGAAAGAGUAGGGAGCCAGCAGAUGAAUUGCAAACUCAAAACUCCUCCUGCCUUCUAAAGUCAAGGGCCUUUUUUUUUUUUA